GAACUUUUGCCUGUCGCCUGAGUUUUGGGACAGCUCCACACACCAUCUUAACACCAACUGGGGAAACUAAACCGACAUUCUUAACCAAAUACAACAGCACAGCAUUUUUUUCCCUUUUUUUUCUUUUUUCUUUUUCUUUUUUUUUUUUAUGUUGACAUGGAGGACCAACUAAAACAUCAUUCUUUGUGCCAUACUUGUUUGAGAACAGACAGUGUCAUAAAUAAGGUCAUAAAGAUGUACUGGUCCAUACGAAUGCCCAUAUGCAUACUGUUUUUAACCCUGUCUGCCUUCGAAGUGGCUUCAGCUGAAACGUUAUGCGGCGGAGAGCUGGUGGACGCGCUACAGUUUGUGUGUGGAGACAGAGGUUUCUAUUUCAGUCGACCAACUAGCAGGUUGAGCAGUCGACGUUCUCAAAAUCGUGGGAUUGUGGAAGAGUGUUGUUUUAACAGUUGUAACCUAGCUCUUCUAGAACAGUACUGCGCUAAACCUGCCAAGUCAGAGAGGGACGUUUCAGCCACAUCCCUACAGGUCAUCCCGGUGAUGCCCACAUUAAAACAGGAGGUCCCAAGAAAACAUGUGACCGUGAAAUAUUCCAAAUACGACAUGUGGCAACGAAAGGCCGCCCAGAGGCUACGGAGGGGCGUCCCCGCCAUCCUGCGGGCCAAGAAGUUUAGGCGGCAGGCGGAGAGAAUCAGGGCCCAAGAGCAACUGCACCACCACAGGCCUCUCAUCACGCUUCCCAGCAAGCUCCCGCCCAUCCUUUUUGCACAGAGUCGAUGAAAAAAGACCAGGGGAUCAAAGCUUUUUGUCUCUGACGUCAUUUCUGUGGCAGUCCUCAACAACCCUUCUUCCUUCCCCACCAGACAUGCUCACACACUCUUCCAGUUUCUAUUCUUGCGGUUUCAUUCAUCAACAAAAAUGCACAUCACAAACGAGAGGAACACAAUUCAGGUGAAGAAGCAAAGGAAAGAACAAAGAAGCCGCAGAGCGCCGAAUGUUUCACUGGUUUGGAGGACAUUGGCGCGCGAGGAACAGCUUGAGCUAGCAUGAAAGAACCCAUUCCACCGCAUUCUCCCGAGACAAAAGUAUCUCUCUUUUAGUCCUUUUACAUAUUAGUUUGCACCUGUAACUAUAAAGGGACAUCCACACUGUAAGGAAUUGUUGUAAAAUUAGAUUCCUGUUCCAGCACCUUGUAAUCACAAAUGAAAAGCAGAGAAGAAUCUGCGAAUUGCACAUCGCCACGGAUUACGUCAAAGUUCUUGUUAAGUAAAUAAAAAGGCACUAUUUUUUUAUGGACUAUGAACGCGUAGCUCAAAAAAUGUCAUGGUGCUUGCUUUGGGAAUGGACUCAAAGGAGAAGGGGUUGAAAAGCACGUUUUUUUUUUUUUAAUUUUAUUUUUUUUAAACCUUAUUAAACUUUCCGUUUUAAGGAAAGUGUGACUUUUGAAAGAGAAAACAAGAGCACGAGGGAUAUCGCUGCAUGCAGAUGUGUACGUUAGACGCGACGUAUGCAUUGGGUCCCAGCGCUGCCGUCACGAUAAAGGAAGGAGCAGUGUGGGGACGCCGAAGGGAUAAUGUUCGAAUCCCUGGAGGUGGAGAACUCGUCUCCUUUCGAGCGUGGCUGCACAAAACCCCUGCUUUGCACUGCAGGAGGAAAUACAUUGUGACCUUGAAAAAGUGGGAUGUUUGUAUUUUCUAUGUUCUUUUUCGUGAGUGAAAAAAGGAGAAAAAAAGCCCAGUUUGGUUUCUGGUACCGUGACAUUCUUGUUGUUGCAAAAUAGGCUUUGUGUUUUUGUACGUUAUUUUACAGUUCUGAAAAAAAGGCACAAAUAUCAAUUCAAAGGGAAAAAACGCAAUAAUGUCAACUAACAUAUAUUUUUACCUUUUAUCCGUAGUAUCCACAUGCUUUUGCCUGAAAACAAAUACUUGAAUAUAUAUAAAUAUAUAUGAAAUAAAUAUGAAAAUAUAUAUUAUAAUUAGUUUCCAGGGACAUCAUGUAAUAUUCUUUUAGUCUGAGCUGUAUCUUGCGUAAUGAGCCGCCAAGCUUCUUUUUGUUUAAGUACAAAUAUGGGCACUGUAUAAAGGCAUUAUUUAUUUUGUUAUAAAAUUAUAUAUUAAAAUCGGUCCAAAUACAGUAA